AUGUCUAUCUUGAGCUCUGCGGGGUUCGCACCGCCUCAAGCCGUAGCCUUGCUGGUCGUCUAUUGUCUCGUCUACGUCAUCCCUCUCUACUUCUCAGCUGCAACAAGGCCUUCGCCCACUCGCUCUAGAGAUGCCCCUGAGGCUAUCCGCGCACGCAUCUUUGUCGUCUCACUCUCAACGGCGGCAUGCUCCCUCGUGACGCUAUAUCUACUCUCGUCUCACGGCGCAAUUGCCGUUGAGAAGCCCUUGCACUUCAUGGGCUACUGGCCACCGGGGCUCAUAGAUGCUGCUCGUGCGCUUUGGCUCACGGCCCUGCUGUUUGCAGGCCCCUUGUAUGAGUCUCUCGUCAUCGACGGCGCGGCUCAUCAAUGGCUUAACCUUCAGCCUCUGAGGGAUCUGUGGACUGACUGGCCAACCUGGAGAAACAUGGUAGCGGGUCCUAUUACCGAAGAAUGCUUGUUCCGUUCUGCUGGUGUUCCACUACUUCUCCGUUCUGGAGCCAGCCUAACUGGCACUAUCUUCAUGUCGCCGCUCAUCUUCGGCCUGGCUCACCUUCAUCACUUUUAUGAGUUCCGUAUCACUCACCCACGGACUCUUCUCCCUGUGGCUAUUGCACGGUCAUUACUUCAGCUGUCGUACACGUCCUUGUUCGGAGCAUACGCCACUUUCUUAUUUUUAAGAACUGGUAGCUUGCUGGCCGUUGUGCUCGUGCACACCUUUUGCAACUGCAUGGGCCUUCCACGUCUUUGGGGCCAGCUUGAUCCUCACUGGCUGCCAGAGGGUGAUCCGUCCGUAGCCUCGUCUAGAAAGAUGUGGACUGUUGUUUAUUACGUACUUUUGGUGGGCGGCUUAGUUGCUUGGUGGCAGAAUUUGUACUCGUUGACCGAGACACCGAUGGCGCUGGCCAAGUUCUAA